GGACGGCGUGCGCAGGCGCAGGACCGGUUUCGGGCGCGUGAGGGACCCUGCAGACCGGAAGUUGAGGCGUUCGCGGCGGUUAACGAGGGCCCGAAAUCCCAGGAUGAACUCGUGUCCAUCCCAGAGCUCACCACAGGAGUCAUGAGGUGCCCUGUGUGUCACCAGCUUGACCCAGGCCGCAGGCCAUUUACUCUGCCAGCACCUGCUGUGAUCCUAUCCCACCCCUGAGGAGGAAAUUAGCUCUUUGAAGAGAAAGUGCUUCCUUAUUGCAGGCAUUGGCCGCUCACCGCAGGAGGUGGGGAAUGGCUGAGAAUAUCUGGUCCAGGUGAUCAGAACUGAGGCCAGUUUUGUGACAAUACUGGGAUUAGCCACGGCAUGCCGCCUCCCAGAACAAGGGAGGGCAGGGGUCCCCGAGACCGACCCCCAGCUCCCAGUCAGGAAGAGGACCCGGAGAAAUGGGACUGGAAUUGUCCAGAGACACGUCGCCUCUUUGAGGAUGCCUUCUUCGGUGAUGAGGAUUAUAUCCGGCAGGGUUCUGAGGAGUGCCAGAAGUUCUGGACCUUCUUUGAACGCUUGCAGAGAUUCCAGAAUCUCAAGACCACCAGCAAGGAGGAGAAAGACUCUAGGCAUCCCAAGCACAGCAUCCCGGCACUGGCCGACCUACCUCGCGCUUACGACCCACGCUACCGCAUCAACCUCUCCGUCCUUGGCCCCGACACUCGGCGCUCUCGGGGGCUAGGCAGGCGCCUGGCCCCGGAGAGAGUGUCUGAGUUCCGCCAGGCCCUGCUGCACUACCUGGACUUUGGCCAGAAGCAGGCGUUUGGGCGGCUGGCCAAACUGCAGCGUGAGCGCGUGGCGCUGCCCAUCGCCCAGUACGGGGACCGCAUCCUGCAGACGCUGAAGGAGCACCAGGUGGUGGUGGUGGCAGGUGACACGGGCUGCGGCAAGUCCACUCAGGUGCCCCAGUACCUGCUGGCCGCUGGCUUCAGUCACGUGGCAUGCACCCAGCCCCGGCGAAUCGCCUGCAUCUCACUGGCCAAGCGGGUUGGCUUUGAGAGCCUCAGUCAGUAUGGCUCACAGGUCGGCUACCAGAUCCGUUUUGAGAGCACACGCUCGGCGGCCACCAAGAUUGUGUUCCUGACAGUGGGGCUGCUCCUGAGGCAAAUCCAGCGGGAGCCCAGCCUGCCGCAGUACCAGGUCCUGAUCGUGGAUGAAGUCCACGAGCGGCACCUCCACAACGACUUUCUCCUGGGUAUCCUCCGGCGUCUGCUGCCCCAGCGACCUGACCUCAAGGUCAUCCUCAUGUCAGCCACCAUCAACAUCUCGCUCUUUUCCAGCUACUUCGGCAAUGCCCCCGUGGUACAGGUGCCCGGGAGGCUCUUCCCCAUCACGGUCGUGUACCAGCCGCAGGAGGCCGAGCCGACAACAUCCAAGUCGGAAAAACUGGACCCGCGGCCCUUCCUCAGGGUGCUGGAGGCCAUUGACAAUAAGUACCCACCCGAGGAGCGGGGUGACCUCUUGGUCUUCCUCAGUGGCAUGGCGGAGAUCAGCGCCGUGCUCGAGGCCGCCCAGACCUACGCCAGCCACACCCAGCGCUGGGCGGUGCUGCCGCUGCACAGUGCCCUCUCUGUGGCCGACCAGGACAAGGUGUUCGACGUGGCCCCACCUGGAGUCCGGAAGUGCAUCCUCUCCACCAACAUCGCUGAAACCUCAGUCACCAUUGAUGGGAUCCGCUUUGUUGUAGAUUCUGGGAAGGUGAAGGAGAUGAGCUAUGACCCGCAGGCCAAACUGCAGCGGCUGCAGGAGUUCUGGAUCAGUCAGGCGAGUGCUGAGCAGCGUAAGGGCCGGGCGGGCCGCACGGGCCCUGGUGUCUGCUUCCGCCUCUAUGCCGAAUCGGACUACGAUGCCUUCGCCCCCUACCCUGUCCCGGAGAUUCGGAGGGUCGCCCUGGAUGCAUUGGUGCUGCAGAUGAAGGGCAUGAGCGUGGGGGACCCCCGAACCUUUCCCUUCAUCGAGCCCCCCCCACCAACCAGCUUGGAAACGGCCAUCCUCUACCUCCGGGACCAGGGGGCCCUGGACAGCUCAGAGGCCCUCACCCCCAUCGGGUCCCUGCUGGCCCAGCUGCCUGUGGAUGUCGUGAUUGGGAAGAUGCUGAUCCUGGGCUCCAUGUUCCACCUGGCGGAGCCUGUGCUCACCAUCGCCGCCGCCCUCAGCGUCCAGUCGCCCUUCACCCGCGGUGCCCAGAGCAACCCCGAGUGUGUGGCGGCGCGGCGACCCCUGGAGAGUGACCAGGGCGACCCCUUCACGCUCUUCAACGUCUUCAACACCUGGGUGCAGGUGAAAUCUGAACGGAGCAGAAACUCUCGCAGGUGGUGCCGCCACCGGGGCAUAGAGGAGCAUCGGCUGUAUGAGAUGGCCAACCUGCGGCGCCAGUUCAAGGAGCUGUUGGAAGACCACGGGCUGCUGGCCAGGGCCCAGGCCUCGAAGCCGAGGGACAGCUACAGUCGGCUACGGCAGCGCCGGGAGCGCCAGGCGCUCUACCAGCUGAAGCGCCAGCAUGAGGAGGGCCAGGGGCGCAGGCGCAAGGUGCUGCGGCUCCAGGAGGACCAGGACGGCGGCUCCAGCGAUGAGGACCGGGGCGGCACAGCCUCCCAGGGGGCCGGCGACAACGUGGACAUCCAGGAUGUGAAGUUUAAGCUCCGGCACAACCUGGAACAGCUGCAGGCGGCCGCCGGCGCGGCCCAGGCCCUGACUCGGGACCAGAUGGCCCUGCUCAAGCUGGUGCUGGGCCGGGGCCUCUACCCCCAGCUUGCCAUCCCGGACCCGUUCAACAGCGGCCGCAAGGACUCGGACCAGAUCUUCCACACCGAGACCAAGCAGGGCGCCGUGCUGCACCCCACCUGCAUCUUCGCCAACAGCCCUGAGGUGCUGCACACACAGGAACAGGAGGCCAGGGGCGGCGAUGGGAGCCGAGGUACAGUGAGCCCAGAUGACAAGGACAAGAUGAGCAGCAAGCACCAGCUCCUCACCUUCGUGUCCCUGCUGGAGACCAACAAACCGUACCUGGUGAACUGCGUCCGCAUCCCCGCUCUGCAGUCCCUCCUGCUGUUCAGCCGGUCCCUGGACACCAGUGGUGACUGUUGCCGUCUGGUGGCCGACGGCUGGCUGGAGCUCCAGCUUGCGGACGGUGAGAGUGCUGUCCGGCUCCUGGCGGCUUCCCUGCGGCUCCGGGCCCACUGGGAAAGCGCCCUGGACCGGCAGCUGGCCCACCAGGCCCGGUGGCGGCUGGAGGACAGAGAUGAGGAGGAGGAGGCCCCAGUGAACCGCAAGGAGGUGGCGGCCCUGAGCAGGGAGCUGCUGCAGUUCACGGCGUCCAAGGUUUCCUACAGUCUCCGGCGGCUUACAGGGCUGGAAAUCCAGAACCUCUAUGUGGGACCCCAGACCAUCACUGCUGCCCCCAGCCUCCCUGGCCUCUUUGGCUGCUCUACCCCGUCCCCCCAUCCCACCAAAGGGGGCUACGCAGUCACUGACUUCCUCACCUACAGCUGCCUCACGAGCGACGCGGACCUGUACAGCGACUGUCUCCGCACCUUCUGGACCUGCCCCCACUGCGACCUGCACAUGCCCUUCACGCCCUUGGAGCGCAUCGCCCACGAGAACACCUGCCCCGAGGCCCCACAGGACGGUUCCCCAGGGGCUGAGGAAGCUGCCCCCGAGCCCCUCCAGAAGGCAUCCGCCCUGCAGAGGCCCUACCACUGCGAGGCCUGCCAGAAGGACUUUCCGUUCACGCCCACGGAGGUGCUGCGGCACAGGAGGCAGCAUGUGUGAGCCCAGCCAGUCCUGGGCCAGGACCAGGGCCAGGGCUCCCGCCCAAGCCCCCGGCCUAGACGCGGAGCUGUGGUCUGGGCCCAGCCCCGCGGAGAGGGAGCAUAAAUAUGUGAAUAAAGUCUCACUGAUGGAACUUCCCUGGUGGCGCAGUGGUUAAGAAUCCGCCUGCCAAUGCAGGGGACACGGGUUCGGUCCCUGGUCUGGGAGGAUCCCACAUGCCGCGGAGCGGCUGGGCCCGUGAGCCACAACUACUGAGCCUGCGCGUCUGGAGCCUGUGCUCCGCAACAAGAGAGGCCGCGACAGUGAGAGGCCCGCGCACCGCGAUGAAGAGUGGCCCCCGCUCGCCGCAACUAGAGAAAGCCCUCGCACAGCAACGAAGACCCAACACAGCCAUAAAUAAUAAAUAAAUAAAUAAAUAAAUUAAAAAAAAAAAAAGAGUUCUAUUAAAAAAAACAAAAAAUCCACCUGCCAAUGCAGGGGACACAGGUUCGAGCCCUGGUCCGGGAAGAUCCCACAUGCUGCGGAGCAACUAAGCCCGUUUGCCACAACUACUGAGCCUGCGCUCUGGAGCCCGCGAGCCACAACUACUGAGCCUGCGUGCCACAACUUUCGAGCCCGCAUGCCUAGAGCCCGUGCUCCGCAACAAGCAAAGCCACCGCAAUGAGAAGCCCACGGACCGCAACUAAGAGUAACCCCCGCUUGCCGCAACUAGAGAAAGCCCGCGCGCAGCAAGGAAGACGCAACGCAGCCAAAAAAAAAAAAAGUCUCACCGAUGGACUCAGAUCUUUCAGCCUGCUCCUGCCCAUCCAGAAAGUAGCAGCUGCCUCUUGUUGGUCCUCCUCAUGGUCUGGCUCUCAUCCCUCCUGCUGCAGCAGGCCAUCUGAGGUGUUUUGGGGUAGAUCCGGGGAGUUAAGGCUGAGCAGGGACCUCAGCUUCCAGGUACAGGAUCUGAUCGGCCCUGGCGACUGCUCUCUCCUGAGUCUGUACUCGUGGCCUCUGCUUUCCCUUGAAGCCGGGAGAUGCUGCGUUGGCCCAUGUACAUGUGCCACUUUGAGACUUGGACGGGGUGGGUUCAGUGUUCCUGUGGACCCACAGGCUGCCUGUUCACCAGGGUCGUUCUGCUGCGGGAUCCGUGGGCAGUCCUCAGCCGUCCCCUCUGGACUCCCUGGCCACGUCUCCCCGACAGACAUGAAAAGGAUAGGGAACGCUGUGAACGAUGAUGAUGCCAAUAAAUUCCACGACUCAGUUGAAAUCUGGGUGACAACAGGAUGGACGUGGCCAAGGCAGAGACAGCUGCGGGAUAGAGGAAAGAACAAGAGACAAGAGACACAGCAAGAGAGAAACAGAGAAAGACACAAACUACCAAAGCUCACUCAAGAAGAAACUGCACAAUGCUAUGAACCUAUUCGGAAAUUUAAUUCAUAGUUACAAACACAGAGGACAGGCUUGGGUGGGUUCACUGGUGACCUCCAGCAGACGGGGAAGGAACUCAACAACGGCUCAUUCACAGUGUGGAAGGCGACACCUCUGGGCCAGCAUUGCGCUAAUGCAAAACUUGACUCAGACGACACACAGACACAAAACUCCUUCCUAAAAGUUUAGCAGCAUGUUCAGCAACAUAUAAAAAGACCAGUCGUGCGUCAUGGCCAAGUGGCAUUUAUUCUAGGAGUACAAAGUGGGUUUAACAUUGGAAAGUCAAUCAGUGUGAUUCACCGUAUUAAAAACAGAAAAUGCGUUUGACAAAUUUUAACAACACCUUGUGGCCUUGGGUAAACCCCCUUGACCUCUCUGCUCCAACAUUUCUUUUCUCUGACAAAUGAA